AUGACAAACUCAGCUGUUCAAGAAUCAAACUUGUUUAAACCAAUCAAAGUUGGCAAUAUCACUUUGCCACAUAGACUUGCCCAUUUGCCAAACACGAGAAAUCGUGCUGAGAUUGAAACUCUUAUUCCAACUGACUUGCAGAAACAAUAUUACACUGAUAGAGCCAAGAGUGGUGCACUUUUGGUCACUGAGGGUACAAUUGCUACCCCAAAAUUGGGAUGGUACCCCGGAGUUCCAGGUAUCUGGACUAAAGAGCAAGCAUUGGGCUGGAAACAAAUUGUUGAUUCAGUGCAUGAAGCUGGCGGUCGAAUCGCUGUACAAUUGUGGGCUUUGGGCCGUGUCACACCUCCUGCUUUGUUAAAGGCAAAAGGAAUGGAGUAUGUUGCGCCAAGUGCUGUUUAUGAAAACGAGGAAGCCGAAAAAGCAGCAAAAGAAGCAGGAAACCCAUUGCGCGAAUUAACAGCUGAAGAGAUUCACCAAUUGGUUACAGAGGAUUAUCCCAAUGCCAUUAAUUUGGCUCUCAAUGUUGCUGGAUUUGACUUUGUUGAAUUUCACGUUGCUAAUGGAUACGCAAUUAGUCAGUUUAUCAACCCACUUGUUAACAAUAGAACUGACGAAUACGGCGGGCCAAUUGAAAACAGAGCCAGAUUCUUGUUUGAGCUCCUUGACAAUGCAUUUAAGGUUGCUGAUCCAAAAAAGAUAGCACUCAGAAUUUCACCAGAGAACCAAUACCAAGAGCCAACUAACCCAUCUGCCAUCGAAGACUAUGCUUAUAUUGCUAAGGAGUUACAAAUCCGAGCAGAUCAGGGCAACGAAGUCGCAUUCAUUGAUGUAGUUGAUGGCACUUUUGACUUGGGUAGCGGGUCCAAAAAUGUCGACAUCUCGAAAAUUUUGGAGAAUUGGAAAGGUAUUGUUUUACGUGGUGGAAGAUAUACUUACGACAAGGACAAUAAAUGGAAGGGCGUUCUUGCCGAUGUCAAUACAGACGACAGAACCUUGAUUGGAUUUGGUAGAUACUUCAUUGCCAACCCCGAUCUACCAACGAGAAUAAGGGACGACUUGGAAUUGAACAAAUAUGACAGAUCAACAUUUUAUACCAACUACAACUAUGGAUACAAUACUUACCCAUUUUAUGGCCAAAAAGUUGAUGCUGAUCCAGAAGAACAACGCAAGGGAAAACCAUUAGCUUGA